AUGGACCUGAAGCUCAUCCUGUUGACAACAUUACUGGGAAUCUGCUGUUACUGUAAUGCACAGAAGGACGGGAAUGAGUGCAUCAAUGCCAAUGCCAAAUACUGUGGGGAGUGCAUCCAGGCUGGAGCCAAAUGUGGCUGGUGUAAAGACCCAGAUUUCCUGAAACAAGGUGAGACUGUGUCUACCCGUUGUGAUGAACUUCAGUCUCUGAAAAAAAGGGGAUGUAAGGACAAUAUGAUUGAGAACCCCCUUGGAGAACAGGAUAUUAUCAAGAACAAAACUGUUACAAAUCGCAAGAAAGUACAUGGCACGGCAAGGCCUUUAAAACCAGAGGAUAUCACUCAGAUCCAGCCCCAGAAACUCAGACUCACUCUCCGAUCUGGUGAACCCCAGUCUUUUGACUUAAAGUUCAAACGGGCUGAAGAUUAUCCAAUUGAUCUGUACUACUUGAUGGACCUUUCCUACUCCAUGAAGGAUGACUUGGAGAAUGUGAAAAAUCUAGGGACCAGUCUGAUGCUGGAGAUGUCAAAGAUCACCUCUGAUUUCAAGAUAGGUUUUGGGUCCUUUGUGGAGAAGACGGUCAUGCCUUAUAUCAGCACCACACCUGCCAAGCUGCUGAACCCUUGCACAAGUGACCUGAACUGCACCAGCCCCUUCAGUUACAAAAAUGUGCUGAACCUGACUAAAAAUGGCCAGUUGUUUAACACGCUGGUGGGACAGCAGCACAUUUCUGGAAACCUGGACUCUCCUGAAGGGGGCUUUGACGCCAUCAUGCAAGUGGCUGUGUGUGGGGAACACAUUGGCUGGAGAAAUGUGACUCGGUUGCUGGUCUUCUCCACUGAUGCUGGCUUCCACUUUGCUGGCGAUGGCAAAUUGGGGGGCAUUGUACUACCUAAUGAUGGAAAAUGCCACUUGGAGAACAAUGUUUACACAAUGAGUCAUUACUAUGACUAUCCAUCUAUUGCUCACCUUGUUCAGAAGCUAAGCGACAACAAUAUUCAGACCAUCUUUGCAGUCACUGAGGAGUUUCAGCCAGUUUAUCAGGAGCUGAAGAAUCUGAUACCAAAGUCUGCAGUAGGCACUCUCUCUGCCAACUCAAGCAAUGUUAUCAACCUAAUUAUAGAUGCUUACAAUGCUCUCUCUUCAGAGGUUAUUCUAGAGAACAGCAAGCUUCCAGAGGGAGUGACUAUAGCAUACACCUCCCACUGUAAAAACGGAGUAGUCAGUGAGGGUGAAAAUGGACGGAAAUGCUCUAACAUCUCAAUUGGAGAUGAGGUCAUGUUUAGCAUCAGUAUUACAUCCAAGGGCUGUCCAAAAAAAGGCAAGCCUGAAACCAUUAAGAUAAAGCCUUUGGGAUUCACUGAAGAGGUAGAAGUUAUUCUCCACUUUAUCUGUGAGUGUGAAUGCCACAAAUAUGGCUUCAAGAACAGGUCAGCCUGUCACUUUGGAAAUGGGACCUUUGAAUGUGGAGCCUGCAAGUGUAAUGAAGGUCGCGUGGGCAGACAAUGUGAAUGUAGCAGCAAUGAUGUGGCCACAGAGGAUAUGGACCAGACCUGCCGCAAAGACAACGGCACUGAUAUCUGCAGUAACAACGGGGACUGUGUGUGCGGCACAUGUGAGUGCAAGACGAGGGAUAACCCAGAGGAGAGGUACAGCGGCCAGUAUUGUGAAUGUGACAACUUUAACUGUGACCGCUCAGGAAACAAGCUGUGUGGUGGGCAUGGACGCUGUGAGUGCAGAGUGUGUGUAUGUGACCCCAUGUGGACUGGAAGUGCCUGUGAUUGUUCUUUGGACACUUCCACAUGUCUGGCAAGCAACAAGCAGAUCUGUAAUGGUAGAGGAACUUGUGAAUGUGGCACUUGCAAAUGCACAGACCCCAAAUUCCAGGGCCCCACGUGUGAAGCCUGCCCUACCUGUCCGGGAGUUUGUACUGAGCAUAAAGAUUGUGUCGAGUGCCGGGCAUUUGGAACAGGUGAGAAGAAAGAGACAUGCAUGGAAGAAUGCAACUACUUCACAAUGAUAAAAGUGAAAGACAGGGACAAGCUACCCCAGCCCAACACCAUGGCUUACCCUGUGAUGCUCUGCAAGGAGAGAGAUGCCAACGACUGCUGGUUCUACUACACCUAUGCCAUUAACAACAACACAGAAAAGGAGGUCCAUGUGGUUGAAAAACCAGACUGCCUCUCUGGUCCUGACAUCAUUCCCAUUGUGGCAGGCGUGGUCGCUGGCAUUGUCCUGAUUGGCUUGGCCCUGCUACUGAUCUGGAAGCUUUUGAUGAUCAUUCAUGACAGAAGGGAGUUUGCUAAGUUUGAGAAAGAGAAGAUGAACGCCAAAUGGGAUACGCAAGACAACCCCAUUUACAAGAGUCCAAUCAAUCAGUUCCAGAAUCCAAACUAUGGACGUAAAGCUGCUGUCCUUUAAGGUGAAAAUCCAAUCUACAAAAGUGCUGUGACAACUGUGGUGAAUCCCAAAUAUGAGGGCAAAUAAUGGCUUCCUAGAUAUGGCUCAUAUCAAAUAUCUGCAGUAUUUACUGUUGGUUUGGAAUUUGAUGGGAGCACACAGUGGAAAGUGUGUGCAUUUGACUUGAUGCUUCAUCAUUUUAAUGUAUUAUUUGGCCACUUUGUUGUUACUUUUUACUAACAGAUUUGAUUUCUAUGCAUUUGUUUUAUUUUAGAUGUACAGUAUACAGUUUAUGUAUAUACUUUGCAUAUUUGCAGUAGUUGAUACAGGUGCAGGUUUUUUUCUCUGCCAAUGGACUGAUACAGGCAGAAAAUUUAGCUUUUUUCAAAUUUCCAUCAACACAACAUGGAUACUUUUAAAUAGACAAAAUAUGCAAAAAGCUUAUUCUUUUGCUGUCUUACUCUGAAUCCCUGUUUGUCUAUUUUUGUGCUCCAAUAAUAUAUGUGCGCCCCAUACAAAACCUCAUUAUAAUGUUACUGGUCAACUGUAGCUGCACAUCUGAUCAGUGUGUGUUUUGAAAGACACAACAGAAAUAGGAACUUCUGAGCAUUUAACUGAAAUCUGACAGCUAUUGUAAACACCAGCUUAUUAUACAAUGGUUGUAAAUGUAAUUUUGAAAUAUAAAAAUGCCAGUGUUUGAAGAUUGAUUUGCAUACCUAAUGAGCACUAUUGUCUAUUUUGAAGGAAUGAAAACACAAGAUAAUAUCAAUAAUCAAUUAUCUUUAAUAUCUCUAUACGAUAAAAAGGGAUUUUAUACCACUGGUUAAGAUAAUCAAAUUCAUGGUACUACGAUAAAUGUUGCGGUGAGGUAAAAAGAUAGUUUGUGCAUUUGCUUUUUUCUCAGGUCACAUCCUCUGUUCUUUUGUGUGUGUUGUCAAGUGCAAAGUGUGUUUUCUGUCGGUUUGUUCAGUGACUGUGUAAACUCAUAUAUGUGGGUUUAUGUCUUUUCAUAUUAUUUUAGACUGUAACGUUUAAUCACAAUUAUUUGUUGAGAUGUGACAUGAAUCAUGUUUGAAAUGUGCUCACACCCAACUGCCUCUGAAAUAUCACAUGCAAGCUUUUCACUGUUAUUGUGUAAGUGCCUUUUAUUUCAUUACAGUUCUCUCUUCAAAUGCUGUUCAUGAGAUAUUUAUUAAAAUAGAAAACAAAAACCUUCUGUCUGCUUCAUCCAGCAUGUGACUAAAAGUUGUUUAUGCAUUUUUCCCCCCUAAGUUUCAUUUGGAAUUACCAGCAAUCUUUCCAAAAAACUUAAGAAUGACUAGUACUAUAGUUCUCCAAGAAGUGUGGACUAAAAAUAAUGCAUGCUUUGUGAAAUAUAUAUGAAAAGAAUAUAAAUGUUUAAAAUAUUAUGCUUGCAGCCUUUUAAGAAAUGUCAAAAGGGCUUGAAAUGUAUAAAUGUAAAGAU